UUUUUUUGGGAGUUGGAGCCCAUGAUUGCUGACGCGGAUAGAGAGAGAGUGAGAGAGAGGGGCUCCGGCACAAUGCUGCUCUGGGUUUUGGUUUUCUGUCUGAUUUUUCCCCGAACAGAAAGUUACUUUUCGGAGGAGAACUACGCGGAGGAGUCGGAGAUGCAGGCAGCCACCGUGGUGAUCGCCAUCAUCAGCCGGAACUCCGCGCACUCUCUGCCCUAUUACCUCGGAGCUCUGGAGAGGCUCAACUACCCCAAAGAGCGCAUCUCCAUCUGGGCGGCGACAGACCACAACACCGAUAACACCACCGCAGUCCUGAGGGAGUGGCUGACCGUCAUGCAGCAGUACUAUCACUACGUGGAGUGGAGGCCCAAGGACAAGCCCAUCUCUUAUGCAGGUGAAAUGGGGCCUAAACACUGGACUAACGGCCGCUACGAACACGUCAUGAGGCUCAAACAGGCAGCGCUGAACUUCGCCAAGAAACGCUGGGCAGAUUAUAUCCUGUUUGCAGAUACAGACAACAUCCUGACCAACCCGGACACGCUGAACCUCCUCAUGGCUGAGAAUAAGUCUGUGAUCGCCCCCAUGAUGGAUUCCCAGUCUGCUUACUCCAACUACUGGUGCGGCAUCACGCCUCAGGGUUAUUACCGUCGAACAGCCGAGUACUUCCCGACCAGGUACCGGUACCGGAAAGGCUGUUUCCCAGUGCCCAUGGUCCAUUCCACCAUGCUGCUGGACCUGCGUAAGGAGAGCACCAAGAGCCUGGCCUUCUACCCACCGCACACUGAUUACUCCUGGCCUUAUGAUGACAUCAUCGUCUUUGCCUUUUCCUGCAGAGUUUCAGAGGUUCAGAUGUACGUGUGUAAUAAAGAUCGUUACGGCUACGUGAACAUUCCUGCUAAACCACACCAGACCGUGGAGGACGACCACAUUAACUUCGUCCAUCUCUACCUCGAGGCUCUGAUUGAUGGACCUCCAAUGUAUUUGUCCCGCCACGUACACGUCCCUCCCAAACAGCUGGACCUGAUGGGCUUUGAUGAGAUUUACCUGAUAAACCUGCGCAGGCGACCCGACCGCAGAGAGAGGAUGCUGUGGUCUCUCUACGAGCUGGAGAUCAACGCUAAAGUGGUGGACGCAGUGGACGGAGCAGCUCUGAACAGCAGUGAUAUUAAGAUCCUGGGUGUGGAUCUCCUGCCCGGUUAUUACGACCCAUUCUCCGGGCGCACACUCACAAAAGGGGAGGUGGGAUGUUUCCUCAGCCACUACUACAUCUGGAAGGAGAUGGUGGACAUGCAGCUGGACAAAGCGUUGAUCUUCGAGGACGACGUUCGGUUUCAGGGUAACUUCAAACGGCGCGUGAUGAGGAUGAUGGAGGAGGUGGAGCAAGCCGAGCUCGACUGGGACAUCAUAUAUCUGGGCAGGAAGCAGGUGAACCCCGAUGAGGAGGAGCAGGUGGAGGCUGUGAAGAACCUGGUGGUUGCUGGUUAUUCGCACUGGACGUUGUCCUACGCCAUCUCACUGCAGGGAGCUCAGAAGCUGAUCAACGCUGAACCAAUCUCCAAAAUGCUUCCUGUGGACGAGUUCCUGCCCAUUAUGUACGACAAACAUCCCAAUGAAGAAUAUAAAUCCCACUUCCUGAACCGGAACCUGCAGGCGUUCUCCACGAGCCCCCUGCUGGUGCAGCCGUGCCACUACGCGGGCGAUGCGGAGUGGGUGAGCGACACCGAGACGUCCACGCUGUGGGAUGAUGAUAACGUCCCCACGGACUGGAGGGGCUCCUACAAGAGCCUGAAGGGCGGAGCUCCGCCUCCUGGCAUUCAGAGUGCUGCCUACAGGGAUGAGCUUUGAAACACAGAGCUGAGUGUGUGUGUGUGGGAGAGAGAGAGACUGUGAGAUGUGUGUAUAGUGUGUAACGAAGAACGUUCCUGAACACGGACACACCAGGGACCGCAAUCAAGAGAUGUGACACACCGCAGACCUUUAAUUUUGUGUGUGUGUGUGUGUGUGUUUUCUCAGGUACCUACAGUGCAGUCUGUACAAGAAAGAAAUGAAAGCUGAAUGAAUUCCGGAUUUUUCUCCUAAAAAGGUUCACCUCACGUGAACAUCAGAACUUUCAUCUGAAUCCACAGGCUGCACUGUAUGUGGUCACAUUAGGGAUUUUUGUAUUUUAUUAUUUUUUAUUUUUAUUUUAAAAUUUUUUUAAACCUUCAUGGUAUCCCAAUCAUAUAGCAUUUUAAGCAUAAGUGUUUAUGCCUUAUUUUUUUAUUUAAAAAAAUAAUUAAAAAUAUAUAUAUUUACAUUAUGAAUAAUACAGUUUUAAACAAGGACGAAAGUGGAAUCAGAUGCUGCACGUCUCACGCUGAAGACAAUGGGAGGCAGAAGGUUUGGAGAUCUGUGUGUAGGCAUAUUAAUCACAGCAUUUUCUUUUCCUGUACAUUGUCCGGUUCUUUCAGGAUGUUUCAUCAUCCUCAUCCUCAUCCUCUUCAUCCUCAUCCUCGUGAUGUCUCUUAUUUAUUUCCUGAAACUUUUCAUCAUCCUCGGUAUCUCUUUCUGCUGAAGAAGGUGCAGCUGAUGAGAAGAUGUCAUGUGUUGAGAUUUGGGUUAUUUUUCCUCCACGAGAAUCAAAUAAAGUCUUUAAUGAUGUAGCACGAUGA